AUGCCGGCGGUUAAAGAGGCCUUCGUGUGUUCGCUUAACCGCCGGCUAGCGUCGGUAAACUGCCGGUUAUUUUACCGACGGCGCCCGGCGGUUAACGCCGACGAUAUUACCGGCGGGCUUUCACCGGAUAACCGCCGAUUAGAGGGCUUGGAGGAAGAUCAGUGUUUGCAGCUCCUCAACUCUCAUGCAUUUGCUGAUGUGGAGAAUCCUAAUGAUUAUAAAAGAUUAAGAUUCAUUGCUGGAGAGAUUGUUAAAAAGCUUUCAGGAUCUCCAUUGGCUGCAAAGGUCAUCGGUGGUGUUUUGAAUUCUAGCUUGGAUGAAAGACAUUGGACAAAAGUUUUAAAUGGUGAUUUUUUAAGUCCAAAUUUGGGUCAUGAUGGCAUCUUUGUCAUUUUAAGAUUGAGCUAUAUGUUCCUACCAAAACAUCUACAAAAUUGUUUCGCAUUUUGUUCUAUAUUUCGACAAGAUUACAUGUUUGAUAAAGAUGAUUUAGUUCAAAUGUGGAUUGCAUUGGGUUUCAUUCAACAACCUCAUGAUCAAGAAUGGACUAUGGAGGAUAUUGGAGGAAUGUAUUUUGAUGUUUUGGUUAAAAAAUCUUUCUUUGAUCAGUUUGGACAUUACUACAAAAUGCAUGAUUUAAUACAUGAAUUGGCACAAUCAAUUUCCAUACAGGAAUGUUUAAGAGUUGAGGAUAGUACAAACUUGUCUUCUAUAAUUCCUAAGACUCUUCGACACUUGUUUGUUCAAACUACAAAUCCAGACAUCAUAAAAAAGAUUGGGCAGUUUAAAUAUUUGCAUUCACUUUUCUUGUUCGAUGAAGCUUCUAAUCAGGAUAUCAGCGCACUUAUCAAAAUAUUCAAAACAUGGAGAAGCCUACGCUUAUUAUACAUACAUGCUUCAACAAACUUGAAAAUGAUACCAGAGGAGAUUGGAAAUUUGAUACAUCUUCGAUACUUAAAGAUUGAUGGUAAUUGUAAAUUGAUCAUGCUGCCAAGUUCUCUAAGUAAUCUCUAUCACUUGGAAUACAUAAUCUGUGAAGAGAGUGUGGGGCUAAGCCAACCUAAUAUUUAUGAUUUUUUACCAAGUAACUUUAAUAACCUUUCAAACUUGCGUUACAUGAAAUUCCGCCAUAAUUAUAUUUCAUCGAUAUGUGGGAUUGGGAAGCUAAAGUCUCUUCAAAAUUUGAAUAUGUUUGAUCUUAGAGAUGUGAGUGGUUAUAGAAUUGGGGAGCUGGAGAAUAUGAAUGAUCUUUGCUCUUUAACCGCCGGCAUACCGUCGUUUACGCUGCCGGAAAACCGCCGCCUAACAGAACCGCCGGUAAAAGUUUCCUACGCCAAUUAUACCGGUGGCGUAAAAACCGCCGAGAAACCGUCGGUAAAAUUUAAAACCGCCGGUUUUGCCUUCCUAACCGCCGGUUUUUGA